AAGAAGAUGCUUCCGUCCUUUUCCGGUUUGGGUAUCAGCUAAAUGAAAAUACGACAGCACUGAGACGGAAAACCAAUUUUUGACUCAUUUUCGGCGAGACAAUGUCUGUGGCCAUGAGUUCCACGUGCCCGGGCCUGUACUGUGGCAGGAUGCUGAUCAAUGGCUCGGUGGAGGGGGAGUGUGGUGUGUGUCCCCGUGGAGAGCGGACUAACCUCCAGAAUGUGUGUGAGCGCUGCACCGAGGCCCCCGAGCUCUACGACUGGCUCUACCUGGGCUUCAUGGCCAUGUUGCCUCUAGUGCUGCACUGGUUCUUCAUCGAGUGGUACUCUGGGAAGAAGAGUUCCAGCGCGCUGCUGCAGCACAUCACAGCCAUGUUGGAGUGCAGCGUGUCGGCCGUGGUCACUCUGCUGGUGACGGAGCCGGUGGGCCAGGUUCGCAUCCACUCCUGCAGGGUCCAGAUGCUGUCCGACUGGUACACCAUGCUGUACAACCCCAGCCCCGACUACGUCCACACACUGCACUGCACCCAGGAGGCCGUGUACCCGCUCUACACCAUAGUGUUGAUCUACUACGCCUUCUGCUUGGUGCUGAUGAUGCUGCUGCGCCCUCUGCUGGUGAAGAAGAUAGCGUGUGGACUGGGCAAAUCGGAUCGCUUCAAGAGCAUCUACGCUGCUCUCUACUUCUUCCCUAUCCUCACCGUGCUGCAGGCGGUGGGCGGAGGGCUGCUCUACUACGCCUUCCCCUACAUCAUACUGGUGCUGUCCCUGGUCACGCUGGCUGUGUACAUGUCCGCCUCUGAGAUUCAGUCCUUUAAGAACCUGAUUGCCAAGAAGAAGCGUCUGGUCGUGCUGUUCAGCCAUUGGCUGCUCCACGCGUACGGCAUCAUCUCUAUCUCCCGAUUGGACAAGCUGGAGCAGGACCUGCCGCUGUUGGCCCUGGUGCCCUGCCCCGCCCUCUUCUACAUCGCCACGGCCAGGUUCACGGAGCCCAGCCGCAUCCUGUCAGAGGGCGGGAACGGGCACUGACCACACGGAUAAAAUGUGUCUUUGAUACGAUCCAAGCCGGCAGUACGGUGGAGGCAGUUUUCGUAGAAUCGUGUUCUAUUUUCACAUCUUGCCUGCCUGUCUUAUAUUUCUUUUGCAUUUUCCUUAAGUGUCUUGAGAAAUGCAUUUGUUAACUUCUUUGUAAAUACAGUGUAUGUUGUAAAUGGAGAUUGAAGGUGGUCGUGAUGAAGAGCUAACUAUAUAACAAAGUGUUUCUUUUAGAACAUCUUAUUUCAUGACUCUUCGGAACAUCAGUAUUGUGGCUGGUAAUGUUAUAUGGCCGUGCUCAAUUUGUAUGAAACUUAUUUUAAAAGUUUUCUGUUUGUAUAUAAUUGGUAUGUUUUUUCUUCUGGGAUACUUGUGUUUUUAUUUCAGAGAAUAUGCUAUUUUAUUCUCGUAAAUGUACGUCUUUGGUCUGAAUUUGUGUCUUUACUUUCAGACAGUAUCCAAAUAUUAUUUCAUUAAUUUACGUCUUAAAUCGCAAAGAAUAUCCACUUUUUUCCCCGGGUUAUUUUCUCUUUAAUCUCGGAAAAUAUUAAAUAUAUUUUUUUAGAUUUUCAUAUUUUUUCUCAAAGAAAAUACAAUCAUUUUUAUCGUUAUUUUUCCUUGGAUAUUUGAUUUCUAAUGUCAUAUUCAAUUUUUUUUUCAUUUUAUUUUGUAUUUUUCCUGUUUUGUUCAAAACCAGCCAAGAGAUAGGAAGAGAGCCUGUACGUGAAGCUGAAUGAUGGAUCGUAUCCACACACACACACACACACACACACACAAAAUAAACAUAAACAUGUAUUUAAAACACACUGAGACACAAGGAAGCACCUCUCUAUAGCCUUCAAUGAUGUGUCAUUGAAGCGGCUGUAUAUGAUUGUUAUUGUAAAUAUAUUUAUGUAAGCUUGUUAAUAUCCGUGUUUUCAGUAUGGUUUGCACAUGCACACGCUCAAAGUACAAAUAAAUGUUUCACAACAGAGA